GUGCAAUGGCUAAGGGACAACAGGUUUGCCAAAAGACAAGUUGAUAUUUGUACUGGGCCAAUGACAAAGCACAUAUUAUUGGGCAUCUGGGUAAAUAAGGAACAAGCUGCAACUUUAGUGUCUUAAUUUCUAGUCAUCUGGAGGACUUCAGCAUGAUUUAUCUGAUUGUGCAUUUGUCACAUGGUUGUCUAAGAUAUAACAACACUGACAUCUUUUUUUUUUGUUGUUGUUGUUUUUAUCCUCCCUUGUAGCUGAUCGUAACAGAGUGUAAUUUCAAGCAUUGGAAGAGAGAUGCGUAGCGGGCAUCUGAUUGGUCGGACGCUCCACGUUGCUCAAAUCUAAACAGCAGCGUAAAGCAGAGACAGCCAGCGGAUGAAGCAGCCGGAGCAUCCUCAUCAUCCGAGCCAAGCGCACGUAGCCCGCGGUGGGGAAAAAAAUAAAUCAAAAUAGCAAUGUGUGCCGGGUGCACGAGAGAGUGGUGAUAAAUUAGACUGUCGAGGUUCUGCACGCAGCGCCAGACAACACGGUGCUGUAUUUCUGCCCUCCGCCACUGAGGUGCAUCUAACAAAAACUAGGUCUGAUCAUGGGUUCCUCUUGGUAAUAUUGUCUGAGCUGCAACACAAACGCCGCCUGCAUCUGUAGAAAAACAACACAAUGGGCUCCAGACUGAGCAGGCAGAGCAGCCUGGACAAUGAGAAUUUCUCCAAAAAGCGACGCAAGCUUCUAGAUGGCUCCGGAGAGAGCGACGUCAGGGGCAGCCGAGGCGGCGGGGACUUUCUGUUUGCGAUGAUGCUGAAAUCAGACAAACUGCCUGGGAUGCUGCGGAGGACCAACCACAGCCCGUACAUCAGGCGAGUGACGUGGAUCAAAGAGAUACAGAAGCUGCUCCGUGACCGCAGGAUGGAGCAGGCAACCGAUGUGCUCAAAUUACUGAGGAAGGAUCUUGGUUUGGAAGGCACCUCUCUCAAUGACAUCUUAUACAAAAACGCUGCCUUCCUCAACCUGGUGGACCCGAUCUCUCACGAGCUGCUGCUCAGCCUGGCUCGAGAGAUGCAGUGUCCUAAGAAGGAUGCAGACACCAGAAAGUCUUCUGAUAAGAUUUGCCGACAGCUGAUCUACCACCUGACCCCGCACUCAAAGUGGCUGAGGCAGAGCAUGUCCAGACGGAAAUCCCAGGCCUGUCUCAAGACAACCCUACAGAAAAAGCUGUGCAGUGACUCGGUCGACCUAUCAGGCGUCGCCCUGUCCACCCGCGAUGUCCGUCAAGUUGCCUUCUACCUCCAAAACAACAGAGACAGCGUGGUGGCUGUGGACAUCAGCUUCACUGAACUCCAGGACGAGAACCUGAAGAUUCUCCUGCCCCUUCUCGCAUCGUUGCCCAAACUCAGCACCCUGGCUCUGAACGGUAACCGCCUCACCCUGGCUGUACUCAAAGACCUCACAGAGAUGCUCAAAGACCCCAAGAUGUUCUCCAGCCUGGCCUGGAUCGACCUGGGCAACAACGUGGAUAUUUUUACAAUGCCUCAGCCGCUGCUGGUCGCGUUGCGUCGGCGCUGUAGCUUGAAGAGCAGCUUACCAACUAUCUACGAGUACACAGAGGGUCAACCCUACUGCUACCACCUGGAGACUUCCAUCGAGGAGCCCAGCCUCUAUGAGGAGGAAGAGGAGGAGGAGGAAGAAGAGGCGGAGGAUAACGAGGAUGAGAUGGGGAACAAAUUUGAACUGGAGCCGUGGAGUUUAGGGGAAAAGCAGCUCUCCAAAGACUUCACCCUUCACUACUGUGAGAGGUGAUGGGGAAUUCUCACUCUGAGGCUCUUUCAACUGUGGUUGAAACGUCGUCCCACAGCACUCCGUUACCUCCUUCGCCCUCUCGCCCUCACACCACGAGCCCAGUCACCCUUUGAGGCACAAGGGAGACCAGUGCCCACAUUGUCUCGUCCCAACAUAGCUACCAGGCUAUUCCUAACCAUCUCUGAGUUAACCCACACAAGACGAAAGUGAAGCGAUGACGGCGGACUUACUGUGUUGGUAGAUGGUGCUCUUGGGAACAAGGUGCGGUUUCAUUGGAGGGGGGCUGGAAGAGUUAAUGAAGCGGUGUUCUCUCUCUCUCUCUCUCUCUCUCUCUCUCUCUCUCU